AUGUUACUGGACCAUGAUCCCAAGAAGGAGCUAGACACCGAGCACCCCUUCCGUCGGGAUGGACUACUGCGUCAAUGCUAUGAGCAGGCCUGUGACUUUGCUGUCCAGAUGUGGGUCAGGGAUGAAUCAGUAAUCCGUUUUGAGGACAAAAUCAACGAGAUAGGGCGGGCAUGCGCACCACGAAAAGAUGGUGGUCCAGCGGGCAUGAUGGCCAUGAUACUCCGUUCGAUGGUUCAACCGUAG